AUGGCGACUCGGCGUCUCCUUCCCGCGCGACAGCGGGUCUCUUCCUGCGCGACGGCGGUGAUGACGGCGGCGGAGGAGCUCAGUGAGUUCCUCUCGCUCUUCGUCAAUGUCAUUAGGACGGACAAGGCCUCCAUGCUCGAGGAUGCCAUUGAGUACCUGAAGCAGCUUCAGCUCCAGGUGCAGGUACCAGGAUUCAGGAGGUAUAAGUUUCUAGGAGAUGAUUUAAAGUUCUAUAUCCGAUGUUGGAAUGUUGUCUAUGAGGAAUGGGCUGUAUGCCUGUAUCUGCCUCCAGGAAACUUGUCUGAAGCACCUGAGGCUCUGGCACCCUCAGAAAUGUGUGCCGCACUUAACCAAAGUGGUGCCAAGGAAUCAAAUUCUGGCGCUGUUGUACUACCUGGAAACCAAAUUUCUGUAGCUCGUCUUUUAUUUGAUCCACCAAAUCAUGAUCAACGGCAUGAAAACCCACUUGUAUUACAGAGUGUCCCUAGGAGUUCAACCGCUGUAGAGCCUCAGUUCCUUCGAGAGCCAGCACAGCCCAGCUUUCAAUCCUUUCAGCUGGCUCUACCUCCUGAGAUGAUCUUCAAGGAGGACAUGAUGUUAGAGCAUCGCCUAACUUCAGCUCAAGAAACCACAUCUUUACCAGGACAUGAGGCCAAGCCUGGUAGGCAGGAAGCACGCAUGGUGAAUUCUGAUCUUGUUGAUAGAGGUUCGCUUGGGAAAGAAAGAGCACAGGACUUGAUGCCAAAAAACACAGGAAGUGUACUGUUUAUGCCAUACUUGCAUAGAUUAUUCCCUGUGGUUACAAUAGCUUCGUCUUCUUUUGCCCCGAGGUUUUAUAAUGUACUUCUGAAAAAAGGAUUGCAUACCCUAUUUGAAGAGCUCCUAUGA